CCCGCCGAGUGCCAGCCAAUAGAAAGGCUGGGAUUCUUGAUUGACAGCGAAAUGAACCAAUGGGAAGGCGGAUAUAAGAGCGCCGGCCCAUCUCCAGUGAAACCAAUGAGAAUUUAAUAAAAUAUUGACAGGCAGCUGAAAUAGCCAAUUAAAAUUAAAGAACCCGCCCUCAAUGUGGAUGUAGGUCUCUGAUUGGUUACCACAACGCGCAGACACGGAAGUGAAGCUUCCGUACGGGCUGUGGACCCGCGGGGGCUGCGGGCGGGCGAGCAGUGAGUGGGGGGGCGCCAUGUUGGGGGGGGACGGCGGCGGCGCCUCUUUUGGGGAUCCCUGAGGGGACUUUGGGAUAAUUUGGGGAUCUCUGUGGGAAUUUCCAGAUCCCCGGGAGGGGUUUGUGAUCCCUGUGGGACUUUGGGGUGUCCCGGGUGGGUUGGGGCACUCCGGGACCCCCAUUUUGGGGAGCGGCGCUGAGGGGUCCCCUCACAACCGCCGCCAUCUUUUCUUUGGGAUAUCUUGGGAUUUGUGGAUUUUUUGGUUCUCCACCAUCCAAAAUCCUCACAAAAUCCUGGUUUUCCUUCGAGAUAUCCUCACAUUUGGUGAUUUUUGGAUUCUCCACCAUCCAAAAGCUCCCCAAAUCCCCACAGCCCCCCCACAAAACUCCAUGGAUUCCCUCCUGUUCCUCUGCGCCCGCCGCAUCGUGGCCCAGCGCCCUCUCCCCGCCCUUCCCGCCGAUCUCCAUCCCGUCCUCUUCCAAGCGGCGUUCCUGGACGGGCGACCCCUGGUCCUGCGCGAUCUGGUGGCCGCGUGGCCUUUCCCGGUGCUCAACUUCCAGCGGCUCGUGGGGCGCCGCGAGCUGCUGCGGGACCAUCCCUGCAAGCUCUGCGUCCAGGCCGUCAUCCUGGCCGUGGUGGCGCAGCUCCGGCGGCAGCUGGAAGAGCCCGGACACGACGCCAGCGGGUUCCGCCUACGCCUGCUGGACCUGACCGGCCUCCCGGAUUCCACGUCCGGCCGCGCUCCGGACGGGAUGAGCGUCUGGUCCGGCACGGUGGCUUUGGCCAAGGCUUGCGUGGAGGUGUCCAAGCACCAACGGGAAUUCCAGAGGCGCGGAACCAAGCGGCACAAAGGCCGCUCCGGAGCUGCCACGGCCGCGGCCGCCCCGCAGCCCCCGGGCGUGGACGUCCACGCCGACCUGUUUGUCAACGGAACGUCCUACGGGAUCCUGCGCGAUGCGCUCCAGACCGGAGCCGCUGGCCCGCUGCGCCUCAAGUGCCGCGAGCUCCAAGCCGAGGAGCUCUCGGCGUCUGGGAUCGUGGCUUUGCUGGAAUCCUUGGAUCCGUCCUUCCUGCGGAGGGUGGAUCUGCGGUUCAACAAUUUGGGAUUGGCCGGGCUCUCGGUGAUCCUGCCGCACCUCUCGCGCUUCCCGGAGCUGCGCAGCCUCAAGCUCCAGUACAGCAACGUGGACGUGCGGCGCCCGACGCCGGAAUCGGCCGUCGGAAUCCGGUGCCUGGCUGGGCAGCUGGGAAUGCUGCCCAGCCUCCGUGAGCUCAACCUGGGAUCCUCCCGGCUCUCCGGGAAUCUGCGCCAGAUCCUCUGCGACCUCCAGGCUCCGUUGGAAAGCUUGGAAUUGGCCUUCUGCUCCCUCGUUCCCGCCGACCUCGCCUUCCUCUCCCAAAGCUUCCACGCUCCGGCCCUCAAAAGGUUGGACCUGAGCGGCCACGACUUCUCCCAAGGCCUCCUGGAGCCGCUGCGGCUGCUCCUGGAGGAAACCUCGGCCUCGCUGCUGCACCUGGAUCUCAUGGAAUGCCGCAUGGCCGACUCCCACCUGGACGCGCUGCUGCCCACGCUGCGCCGCUGCUCCCGCCUGCGCUUCCUGGGACUCUACGGCAAUUCCCUGUCCACGGCCGCGCUCAAGGAUCUGCUCCAGAAAACCUUGGAGCUGCCCGACCUCCACCUGGUCGUGUAUCCCUUCCCCGUGGAUUGCUACAAGCCGGAGCCGCCGUCGGAAUCCGGCUGGAAUUUGGAGGAACCCGUGGAUGAGGGACUUUUGGCGGCGGUCAACGUUGAGUUUUCCCGAAUGUUGGCGAAUUCCAGGAGGACCGACCUCGUCUGGACUUCCAACCCCUACGGCCACGGAACUCUGGACUUCUUCUCCUUGUGAUUUGGGAAAAAUCCUGGAUUUCUUCUCCUUGAGAUUUGGGAAAAAUCCUGGAUUUCUUCUCCUUGAAAUUUGGGAAAAAUCCUGGAUUUCUUCUCCUUGAGAUUUGGGAAAAAUCCUGGAUUUCUUCUCCUUGAGAUUUGGGAAAAAUCCUGGACUUCUUCUCCUUGAGAUUUGGGAAAAGCUCGGCACCUCCAUGACGGAAAAGCGCCGCCGCCUCCUUCCCAAAAUCCGGGAAUUCUCUGCCUCAUCCCGGUGGUUUUUUCCUUUUAUUUUGGUGCUUUUCUGCCUGGUUUUUAUAUUUUUCCUCAUGUUUUGGGUCUUAUUUUUAGGAUUUUUCCAUCCCGGUGUUUUCCACCUCAUCCCGGUAUUUUUCCAUCCAGUUUUGGUGUUUUCCCACUCCAACCCCAAAGUUUUUCCCAGGAUUUUUGUUGUCAUGUCCAGAGGGAAAAAGCUCUUGGAUGCCCUUAAUUCCCAUGGGACGUUAAUUAAUUUUAAAAUAAAUAUUAAUUAAUUAUGGAUAAUUAGUUAUUAAUUAAUAAGCCGCCACCCAAAUCUCCCAAAUUCCAAAAUCCUUCA